CGUCAGAAGAUAUAGGAAGAAGCCUAGCUUAGCUGUUCAGAAACCUACAACAUCAAAUCAUCAUACGUAUUUGCCUUGUCUGGUGACGUUCGCUACAUUUUACAUUCAAUUGAUUGAAUGGCAACGACGGAUACUGUACAGUCGAACCAAUAUUUGAAACCAACCUGUGCCGCUUCAUGCAACUGUAAAGGAUAUCGCGAUGUAAGGGAAGCCAGCACACAAACCGACACCAAAGUACAAGGUCAUGGACCCAGGCUGUCCAAGGUUAACCUCUUCACCCUGCUCAGUUUAUGGAUGGAACUUUUCCCCAAGGAGGAACCAGAAGACAUAAAGCAGAAUGACUUUACGCGGGGUACAGGCCUGGUGGUGGUUCGGGACCAGAGGGUGGUGGGUCUCCACUGCUCCGGUCCAGAGCUCCACGUGGGGCAGGUAGCUGUGAUCAGACACGGGCCCAGGCUGGCUGCCUCAGACCUCUACUUCUCUAGGAGACCCUGCGCUACCUGCCUCAAGAUGCUUAUCAAUGCUGGGGUGAGCCGCAUCUCCUUCUGGCCUGGUGACCCUGAGAUGAGUCUGCUAGCGGUCAGGCCUAAUGGGACGGACUCCACUUCCCAGGAGGCCAUGCUGGACGCCAUUGCGUCCGAGAAGCUGAAGUCCAACAGCCGGCCCCACAUCAGUGUGGUGGUGCAGCCCGUGGCCCCCGGCCUGCAGCAGUUUGUGGAGGAGACCUCCAGGGGGUGUGACUUCAUGGCGAGGGUGUCGGGGGACGACCCCGAAUUGGACGCCGGGGACUUCUACUGGAAGCAGAGGAGACGGAACCUGGACACUUUCUCCAAAGAGUUCCUAAUCCCACACGAUCAGUGCCACCGUGACAUUCUCACCAAAAUAGGUCUGGAGAACUUCUGCAUGGAGCCGUACUUCUCCAACCUGCGUCAGAACAUGAGGGAGCUGGURGGMGUUCUGGCCUCAGUAGCUGCUAGRGUGCCUCUUCUCCAGCAUGGCUUCUACAGGAAGGACUCCCAGCCUGCAACCUCGGAGCAGCCCCAGCCUCAGGGGGUGUCCCAGGAAAUUGCCAGACACUGCAUCGUACAGGCCAGACUGUUGGCCUACAGAACAGAGGACCCUAAGGUUGGGGUUGGUGCUGUCAUUUGGGCAGAAGGGAAAUCAGGUGGUUGUGAUGGCACGGGGCGGCUGUACCUGGUGGGUUGUGGGUACAACGCCUACCCAGUGGGCUCAGAGUACGGAGAGUACCCCCAGAUGGACAACAAACAGCAGGACCGCCAGAGGAGGAAGUACCGCUACAUCAUCCACGCUGAGCAYAACGCACUCACCUUCAGGAGUGACGAGAUCCGCGAGGAGGAGAACACCAUGCUGUUUGUGACUAAGUGUCCGUGUGAUGAGUGUGUCCCUCUGAUCCGAGGAGCUGGGAUCAAGCAGAUCUACACCACUGACCUGGACAAGGUCAUCGAGGACUAA